CCUCAACUGCCAGUACAUGUAAGAACUUGACAUGAAGGGCUGUAAAUACUAAAGGACUUAAAAAGGAUGAAAGACUUGAGACAUUACCCAAGUCCAGGCAAGGCGUCAAGAUAUUGCGUUCACAAGUUCUCGCCAGACCAAGUCUCUUUCAGAUCUCCCCUCAAUAACAACACAUCAUGCUCACCUACACUCCCCCUUGGCUACCAAAGUUGAACGAUACAGACAUCCCGGAUGAUAUCUGUCUGACAGACUUUGUAUUCGAUGAUCAAUAUCGGCCUUGGAGCUGCGCCCAUUCCCCCAACCCUUUCGUCGAUAGUGUCGAGGGCUUCGGGUACAGCGUGCACGAGACGCGACAGCGCAUUGAAUGGCUCGCGGCAGGGCUUGCUGCCCAUCUCCAUGUCAACGUUGAUUCCGGGCACGUGUUUGACCGCGUGGUGAGCGUCUUUGCGGUGAACAAUAUCCAUACGCCUACCAUUGCCUGGGCCGUCCUCCACAUGAAUGGCGUCGUAUCACCAGCCAACGCCGCGUUUCUGGCCUCCGAGCUCGCCUCGCAGCUCCAAGACUCGGGAUCCCUUGCUCUCUUCACAUGCCCGUCCAAGCUGGACACAGCCUGUGAAGCCGCCGAUCUGGCCCGUGUUCCAAGAGAAAACGUGUUCCUCAUUCCCAUCCCUGGAGACGAGAUGCCCACACAUACCGCACCCCAGGACUUUACUAGCAUCGAGGACCUCAUCAGCAAAGGUCGUCAGCUCCCCAGCAUACCGCGCACUCCAUGGGUCAGGGGCCAGGGUCGUCGUCAGGUGGCCUACCUCUGUUACUCGUCCGGCACAUCGGGGACCCCCAAGGGUGUCAUGGUCAGCCACUUCAACAUCAUCGCCAACAUCCUCCAGAUGACACUCUACGAAUCCACCUUUCGCCCCCAGGAGGACCGAGACGUGAUCCUCGGUGUGCUACCACAGUCCCACAUCUACUCCGUUGUCCUCAUGGCGCACGUUGCCGCUUUUCGUGGCGACACAGUCGUCACCAUGGCCAAGUUUGAGCUCAUGGACUUGAUCCGCGCGGUGCAGAGAUUCCAAAUGACACUUCUCUACGUCGUCCCACCCAUUCUGAUCAGCCUCGCACAGCAGAGUGCGCUCGCCAAAGAUGCCCAGACUUUCGACCUUCCUUCCGUUCGACGCAUCUAUUGCGGCGCGGCACCCCUGACACAGGAACUAACGGAGGCCGUCCGACAGCGAUACCCCAAUGUGACGCUGGGCCAAGGCUACGGCAUGACAGAAGCGCCGACCGUCAUUGCUUCGCACCCAGGCACUGUCUUUGACGGUUCCAGCGGCUGCAUCAUCCCUGGGGUGCAAGUCCGCAUUGUGGCCCGUGAUGGAACCGAGGUCACGACACUGAAUACGCCAGGCGAACUUCAUGUCAAGGGGCCUCAGAUUGCGCUGGGCUACUAUAGACGAGAGGAGGCCACGCGGGACACGUUCUCUCCGGACGGAUGGCUCCGUACAGGCGACGAGGUCGAGAUUCGACGGCACCCCGACACCAGGGAUCCGCAUCUCUUUGUUGUGGACAGGACCAAGGAACUGAUCAAGGUCUCUGGCUACCAAGUGGCGCCCGCCGAGCUCGAAGGGCAUCUAUUGGCGCAUCCCAUCGUCGCCGACUGUGCCGUCAUACCAGUGCCCAACGAGCGCUCGGGCGAGGUACCCAAAGCACUUGUCGUCCUGCGGAAGGAUUGUGGCGUCUCGCACACCGCGGCCGCGGCGCAACUGGUGGCAUGGGUAGCGAAGCACAAGUCCAAACAAAAGGCAUUAAGGGGCGGCGUGGAGUUUGUGGCGGAGGUGCCCAAGAGUCCGAGUGGCAAGAUGCUCAGGAGGGAACUGCGUGAUGGAGAGAGGACGAGAAGGAGGACAGAGAUGCCAACGGCACGGCUUUAGAAGACAGUCACAUAAACCCUCUUCCCCACCC